CGUCAUUUUAAGUAUUCAACCACUUAACUAGUAAAUUCACUACAUAAGCCAACAUUUGAAGCAUGAGCCAGUUCUUGAAUAAAGCCAUAUUUGUAUCUCACGUUUCCUGCUAUAGUCUGCUGCUAAAAUAAAAUGCGAGUGAAUCUUGCACAAAUUCAGUCACUUUUAUCGUAUUCAACAUCUGUUUCAUCUUUGGAUACUGUAUCUGUUUUUAAUGAAAAUGGUCUACCAAGGAUUAUUGUCCCAUUGCCUUCAAGACGUGAGGCAUGCUCUUUCAUUUUGAAGCCCUUACAACACACAGUUGGAGAUUUGUCAAAUUUCAUAAAAUGUGAAGACAAUGGUGUAGAUCGGAUAGCAUUUUUUAGUGAAGAUGGGACUAGAAUCGCUAAAUCUAACUCAGUUGCCGACCUUCUUAGCUCGAAUUUUCAUCUUAUUAUCAAUGAUCAAAAAUAUCAUGUAGAUACAUCGUCACUUUCCUUUGAGUUUAGUGCUGUUCCAAGAGAUAUAGCUGAUGCUCGACAGCUAGUUGUAAAACUUGCCAGUGCCUUCCAUAUAGACGAGUUUUACGCACAAAAACAACACCAGCUUGAAAAGUGCAUUGAAGAUGUAAUUUUGCAGUUGGAACCAUUUGAACAGCAAAAGUCUGUUAUUGCUACGCAAGCCGCCCAACGGACACGUCGACUUACUUGGCUUGGAUUAGGCGCAAUGGGGGUACAAUUCGGACUGUUGGCCAGAUUAACUUGGUGGGAAUAUUCGUGGGACAUUAUGGAGCCGGUUACAUAUUUUGUUGGUUAUGCAACCAGUAUGGCCAUGUAUGCUUACUACGUUAUCACACGUCAGGAUUACACGCUACCUCAAGUAUUCGAUCGUGAAUAUUUAAAAAGUUUUUACAAAUCAGCUGAUAAACUUUCUUUUGAUGUUGAACGUUACAAUGAACUACGUGACCAACUAGCUCAUCUGAAAUCAGAAUUACGACGUCUUAAAGAUCCACUUCUACAUCGAUUACCUUUACAACAAACGGAAUAUUUAAUCCCGGAACAGGUGGAGGAUAUUUUGAACCAUAAUAAACCCACCGCAACUAAAUAGUUAUGAGAAUAAAAGCUAAUGAAAUCAAACUAAGUCAGCAAGCUAAUAGUGUCCACCAAAGUCAUGGUUUACCUACAGUUUAUUCAAAUUACUGUUCUUCAUUGGUGUUAAUUAAUAUCUUAUUUUUUACCUCCUUAGUAGUAUUUCAUUUCUACUUAUUUCUUUGAGGAAAGUAGUUCAUAAUUUCCACUUGGCUUUUCAUUUGCUUCGAAGUUUUAUUAUUCUACUACUUUACUCUUUUCAUUUUGCUACGUGAAAUUUCAUUUCGAUUGUAUGCCGUUUAUGAUACAAUUAAAGUGAACAAUGCGGUUUCCUUUGUACAGUAAUAUUAUAUGCAGGUUUCAUGUAAUGCUUUCUUUGUUUGAAAACGGUUCAACUUUUACGGCGAAAACAUAUGUUUUUAUCCACUCUUUCGUUUAUUUCACGUAUUCUACGUAUCUCAUGUCCAGAAGGUUUGAGGAGAUUGAGAUAUUUACUACCCAAUUUUAUUUUUCCUUAACUUUACCAUUGCUCUUCAAGUGGUUUCUUAGUCUGAACAAAAUUACGUUUACACUACUUAACUUGACUGGUUAUUCCAUGUCGUUUAUGCUAGGUCUGUCAUGCAAUUCGUUCCUGCUAAUUAUUCGAUUAUUUCCUCUUGGUGUAAUUCAACGUCCUCAAGAUAUAGAUAAAUCUUCCCAUUAUUCUUUCCUAGCUAAUCAUCCAGUCUGUGGAUACUUUAUUCACGUACUGUGAAAAUGUUCUUCAGGAAGUUUGUUUUCAAUCUUCUUUUUUUUCAGUGAAAUAAACUACGAGUUAUAGAAUAGCAUGUAGUCUGUGGUUUUUAUCCCUUGAAUCCACGAUUAUAUUGACACGGUGUAUGCAUAACAGCUGCUAUAACUGAUUUACUUGAGUUUGGAUAGUGCUUACUUCCUCCCUUCAUUUUACCUUCUUCAGUUUUAUGAUGUGUAUUUAUUAUUUAUUUACUUGUACAAUAGACUGGUUUGUAUAAAUCGCUUUACCCUUAAUACUCUCUACUCUUUUCAGUGAAUUGUGAAAAGCUUUCAUCCUCCAAUAAUCAACUUCUUUGGUUAAAUUAUUUCUUUUCCUUGCAUAUCUAGUUAUAUAUAUGCGCUUAUAAGUGCGUUUGUCCUUGUAACAUAUUAGUUAAUUUCUCAGUUAUGUCUGUGAACGUUAUUCUUAUUGUCGUCAUAAUUUUAAAUUUUGAUGGCUAUUGUGCUUAAUUUACUUCACAAUGAUUCUUUUAAUUUUUACAAGGAAAAAAUCACCUUUUCCAGUCAAUUAUGUUAAAAAUUCUCUUAUUAAAAUUAAGAAUAAAAUUUUUAUUUAGGCUUCCUUUUA